UAUUAAGGCAAACCGCUAAGAAGUCAGUACUGAUGGCCAAACUAAGCCCUCUCUUCAUUCUUCUCUUUCUUCAUCUGGUACUCGCAUCAACUUCUUGUGAGAGUACAACAUACAAAUCCAAGCAUUAUUUGCCGAAAACACAUGUCGCUUUAUUCAUCUUCGGGGACUCGUUCUUGGACGCCGGCAACAACAACUACAUCAACACCACAACUCUUGAUCAGGCAAACUUCUGGCCUUACGGAGAGACCUUUUUCGGGUUCCCGACGGGAAGAUUCUCCGAUGGACGCUUGAUAUCGGAUUUCAUUGCUGGAUAUGCCAAUCUUCCCCUGAUUCCUCCAUUUCUACAACCGGGUUUUCGCCAUUAUUAUGAUGGAGUUAACUUUGCAUCUUCUGGAGCUGGUGCUUUGGAUGAGACUUUUCAAGGAUCGGUAAUUGAUCUAAAAACACAGCUAAGGUUUUAUAAGAAGGUGGAGGCUCGGUUGAGACAGAAGUUAGGCAGUGCUGGAGCUGAAGUGACGUUGUCAAAAGCUGUCUACUUGUUUAGCAUUGGCACCAAUGAUUACAUGAGCACUUUCUUAACCAGUUCCACAAUUCUAAGCACCUACUCCAAAUCAGAAUACAUUGAGAUGGUGAUUGGUAACUUGACAGCUGUCAUCAAAGAAAUAUAUACACUUGGUGGCAGGAAAUUUGGGUUUAUGAACCUGCCAGAAUUUGGUUGUUUUCCUGGGGUAAGAAUAAUCAAACAACAUCACACAAAUGGACGCUGCUUAAAAGAAGCUUUAUCUCUUACAAAGUUGCAUAACCAGGCUCUUUCUAAGCAACUCAUGAAACUAGAAAAGCAGUUGAAAGGUUUCAAAUACUCGCUCUACGACUUGAACAGCUGUCUCAGACAAAUAGUGAAUCAUCCCUCCAAAUAUGGAUUCAAGGAAGGGAAAACAGCUUGUUGUGGAACAGGGAAGUUUAGAGGAGUGCAUAGCUGUGGAGGAAAAAGAAUGGGGAUCAAGGAGUACAAUCUUUGUGAGAAUCCCAAUGAAUAUGUUUACUGGGACUCUUAUCAUCUCACUGAAAACGUCUACAAACAACUUGCCGAUCAAAUGUGGAGAGGGACAGCCAAUUCCCACACUGUUGGGCGCUACAAUCUGAAGGAUCUCUUCCUAGCUUAGAAACUUUUUAAUACAAGUCAAAGUCACCAAAUAUAUUGUUGGGAGUGGCCUCAAAUUAAGCCCACAAGCAUGUUAAUUUGGUAUUGGGCUCAACGCCCAUGUCUCCCAUUAAUGGCUGCCGCGUGUUUUUUUUUUUGUUUUUGGAGAAGCAUAUUUUU